UUCCCCACAAUUACGUAUAAAGUGACUCCUGGGAUAAAACCCAUUCUCUCUUCGUAGUGUUUACUACUUUGAUGAGUGGUUUGACUGCGUUCAUUCUCCACCUUUCCGACAGCACGUGAAGGCAACAUCAGGAGCUCAUCUGUUGGACAGGGAAACUAAUCAGGAGCCAAGUAAAGACUUUUCAGUACUGCUAGCAACACGGCUAGCCCGCUCCUAAAGUUAGCCGUACAGACGACUACGGAAUUUAGACUUUGUGUCUCCUCUGUACGACAAACGACAGUCGAGCGAUGUUUUAGAAACAUAGUUUUGUGGCGCUUGAAGAAGCAAGGCGGACAGCCUCUGGCCAGCUGAAGCUUGCGGCUAGCUCAUUAACGUUAGCUGGGAAAGAAGUGCAAGUGGAGGCAAGAAAAUGGAGCUGGACGACGUAGUCCUGUAUCAGGACGACACGGGCAACUCUGCCAUGAUGUCCGAGCGGGUCUCAGGCUUGGCCAGUUCAAUAUACCGAGAGUUUGAACGGCUAAUCGAAAAAUACGACGAGGACGUAGUGAAAGAGCUGAUGCCGCUGGUCGUUGCCGUGCUGGAGAACUUGGACUCGGUGUUCGCUGUCAACCAGGAGCACGAAGUGGAGCUGGAGUUGCUGAAGGAAGACAACGAGCAACUCGUUACCCAGUACGAACGAGAGAAGGCACUGAGGAAACACGCAGAAGAGAGGUACAUCGCCUUUGAAGACUCCCAGGAGGGCGAGAAGAAAGAACUCCAGUGCCGACUGGUGAUGUUGGAGUCUCACACACGUCACCUCGAGCUCAAAACUAAAAACUCUGCAGAUCAUAUUAGCAGAUUGGAGGAGAGAGAGGCAGAGCUCAAAAAGGAGUACAAUGCCCUUCAUCAGAGACACACUGAGAUGAUCCACAGUUGCAUGGAGCAUCUGGAGCGGAGUAAACACCAACAUGCAGUGACGCCAGCAGAUCCCUCAGAUACUGGCUCAUCAGCCAGAGCACGGAAGGAGCGUCCCAUCUCCAUGGGCAUAUUCCAACUUCCUGGGACUGAUGGUAUGACCGCUGACCUCCAGAGGGAACCUGUGGACACCCCGUCUGAACCAUGGAGAUUCAACAACCUUAGCCAUCCACGGUCCAACACCAGCCUCAAGUUUUUGCCCAGUGAAGAGGCUGAUCAGGACCAGGAUGAAUUGGCCGGAACAAACCGCGGAGGCUCCAAAUCCAGUACUCCAACCAACCAGGGAAGUGUGUCCAAAGCUCCAGCAUCUUUACAAGGCGGAGGAUCCAAACCCAACACCCCCAUGUCCUCUAAGGGCGGUACCCCUAAGUCAAACACGCCCACAUCGACAUACUCACCGCUGUCUCCUCAAGGUGGUGCGUCCACCGGUAUGAGUCCUGUGUCCAGUCUGGGCAGUGGGUCUGCCUCUGCUACACCUCAGUCUACCACGGCUUCAGAUGUGGCCAUGGAGUCUGUGGACACUUCUCUGCAGGAACAGGAAGCUUCAGAUGGUCUCAACAAGAACCUGGACUGGAACAGUGGAAAGCCAGAGAGCAAUAAGAACAUUGCAGCGAUGCAGGAAGGACAGCAGGGUCAGGGUGGACGUGAGAGUCAGCAGUCUGUUUCUACACCUCUCAAAGGUGAAGAUGGAGCAGACGACCUGGAGAAGUCUGAGGUGCAGGCUAUCAUAGAGUCCACUCCUGAACUGGACAUGGACCUCGGUAGCUGCAGAGGAACCAGCACACCAACUAAAGGCGGCGUAGAGAAUCUCGCAUUCGACCGGAACACUGACUCUCUGUUUGAGGAGCUCUCCUCUGCAGGAAAUGACCUGAUAGGAGACGUGGACGAAGGAGCUGACCUGCUGGGUAUGGGUCGGGAAGUGGAACAUCUUAUCCAUGAGAACACCCAGCUGCUGGAGACCAAAAACGCUUUGAAUGUGGUGAAAAAUGACCUGAUAUCUCGCUUGGAUGAACUGUCCUGUGAGAAGGAGGUUCUGCGAGGAGAGCUGGAUGCCGUCUCUCAGGCCAAGACCAAACUGGAGGAGAGGAACAAAGAAUUAGAAGAAGAACUCAAGAAGAUUCGAGCAGAGCUGGAGGAAACCAAACAGAAAGUCAAGAGUAACGAGGAUGAUAGCGAUGUGCCUACAGCGCAGAGGAAGCGCUUCACCCGGGUGGAGAUGGCCCGGGUCCUGAUGGAGAGGAACCAGUACAAGGAGAGGCUGAUGGAGCUGCAGGAGGCAGUCAGAUGGACAGAGAUGAUCCGGGCUUCAAAGGAGAAUCCAUCUCUUCCAGAGAAGAAGAAAUCCAGCCUCUGGCAGUUGAGUUUCAGCCGUUUGUUCAGCUCGUCGGGCGGAGCAGCCAAGAAGCCGGCGGUGGAGGCCCCGGUGAACGUCAAGUACAACGCGCCCACCUCUCAGAUUCAGCCGUCCGUCAAGAAGAGGAGCAGCACCCUGCAGCAGCUGCCCAGUGACAAGAGCAAAGCCUUCGAUUUCCUUGAUGAGGAAGUGGAAGCUGAUAACAUGAUGUCCAGGCGAGAACAGAAGAGAGCACAGUACCAGCAGGUCAAAGCCCAUGUCCAGAAGGAGGACGGCAGAGUGCAGGCUUACGGCUGGAGCCUGCCCAAGAAGUACAAAGCCAAUGGAGGUCAGGCAGAGAGUAAGAUGAAGAAUCUACCUGUUCCUGUCUUCCUCAGACCACUGGAUGAGAAAGAUGCUUCUAUGAAGCUGUGGUGUGCUGCCGGUGUGAAUCUCUCCGGGGGUAAAACCAGAGACGGAGGUUCGAUCGUAGGAGCCAGUGUGUUCUACAGUGAUGUGCCUGGACCAGAGAGCCCGAAAAAGAGGAUCGGGUCUCAGAGCAGUCUGGAUAAACUGGAUCAAGAACUCAAGGAGCAGCAGAAGGAGCUGCGGCAGCAGGACGAGCUGUCAUCGCUGGUGUGGAUCUGUACCAGCACCCAGUCCACCACGAAAGCUGUUGUCAUUGAUGCCAACCAGCCGGGAAACAUCCUGGAGAGCUUCUUUGUUUGUAACUCCCACGUCUUCUGCAUCGCCAGUGUACCAGGUGCAAGAGAGACUGACUACCCAGCUGGUGAGGAAGUUCCUCCAAACUCUGAGGCAGGACCAGCGGGAGACAGCGGCUCAUCAGCAAACAACAGCAGCCCAGCAGGUGGCGACAGCGUGCUUGGAGGCAUCACUGUUGUGGGCUGUGCAGCUGAAGGAGCAGCGGCCGUCCCUCAGACAGCAGACAGUGCAGGAAAAGACGGUCAAACUGAAUCCAGACCAGCAGAAGAAGCCACCGAGGCGACCGAGGCCAGCGCAGGGCUUGCGGACCACACAGAAACCCUGAGGGGAGUCUACACCGAACACGUCUUCACCGAUCCACUGGGAGCUCAGCAGACAGCAGAGACUCCCGCCAACUACUCCCAGAGGGAGAGCGAUCUGUUGAAAGAUGGUGUAAGCUCAGACCCCACUGCCGAGGAGCAGGACCUCAUGAGGGAGGAGGCUCAGAAGAUGAGCAGUGUUCUGCCCACCAUGUGGCUGGGGACACAGAACGGAUAUGUGUACGUACACUCCUCCGUGGCUCAGUGGAAGAAGUGUCUCCAUUCUAUAAAGCUGAAGGACUCGGUGCUCGGCAUCGUACAUGUGAAAGGACGUGUGCUGGUCGGUCUCUCUGAUGGUACUUUAGCCAUAUUCCACAGAGGAGUGGACGGACAGUGGGACCUGACAAACUACCACCUGUUAGACUUGGGGAGACAACACCACUCCAUCCGCUGUAUGACUGUAGUACAUGACAAGGUGUGGUGUGGCUACAAGAACAAGAUCUACGUGGUGCAGCCCAAAGCCAUGAAGAUAGAGAAGUCCUUUGACGCCCACCCUCGCAAGGACAGUCAGGUACGUCAGCUGGCCUGGUACGGUGACGGCAUCUGGGUGUCCAUCAGGCUGGACUCCACUCUCAGGCUGUUCCACGCUCACACCUACCAGCACCUCCAGGACGUCGACAUCGAGCCCUAUGUCAGCAAGAUGCUGGGCACGGGGAAACUAGGCUUCUCGUUUGUGCGGAUCACAGCUCUCAUGGUGUCAUGUAAUCGCCUGUGGAUCGGCACCGGAAACGGAGUCAUCAUCUCCAUCCCUCUAACAGAGACAGCCAACAAGGUAACCAAGGCAGCAGGUAGCCAACCAGGAAGUGUAGUCCGCGUCUAUGGUGACGACAGCGGUGACAAAGUGACGGCUGGGACGUUCGUCCCUUACUGCUCGAUGGCUCACGCUCAGCUCUGUUUCCAUGGUCACCGGGACGCUGUCAAGUUCUUCACUGCAGUCCCAGGUCAUGCAGUUCCAUCUGCGUCCUGUGGAGGAGAGGCAGCAGGUGACAAGGCGACAGAUGCCUCAUCUCAGGAAGGAACCAAGUCGAUGUUGGUGAUGAGCGGAGGAGAGGGUUACAUAGACUUUAGAAUGGGUGAUGAGGAAGGCGAGGCUGAGGAGGGAGACAACCCCCGCAUGAAACUGCAGCCUCUCCUGGCUAAAGCCGAGCGCAGCCACCUCAUCGUCUGGCAGGUCCUGGCCGGUGAGGACUAAACUCUGACCUCUGACCCCUGAGGCCUGAUUUGCCUUUUCUCUCAAACUCAUUGCCGGGGGGGGGGGGGGGGGGGAGUUCAGGUGGACGGCUCCCCUCUGCAGGCAUGAGUUGAAUCAGCACUUUUUCCCCUCCUCAGACCUGAACGACAAGCGUGAAACAAGCAAAAUCUGCUCUGAGUGAUUUUUCUCAGAGCUAAACUGGACUGGAGCAGUGCAAACACACAAACUGCAUGUUACUGUUUUAUUAUUACUUCUUUUCUCUCUUUUUUUUUUGUUUUUUUAAUUUCACGGAUUUGAAUAUCAACCUGUUUUAAUAUUAUUUGAGGUGAAACUGUUUUUGAGCACACAUUUGUUAUAUUUGCUCAGCAGAUACACCCAGUGUUCCUCCUGACAUUUCCAGGUUCCCUCCAUGCAGUCCAGGGACCGUGUGCUGAUGCUGGACUCAGCUGAUGCUGCAUCAGUUGUUCCAAAAAAAAAAAAGAAGAAUCACUUGCGAGUUCCCUUGUUGCCCUUUAAUAAUGUAAGACUUGGGCAAUCAUGAGUGGGAGCCAGUCAUGUGGAUUGUUGGUGAUCAUAUUUCAUGUUGAUUAUUCUUUUUCAUCCUUUGAGAACUUGGCUUUUGAUUGUAUGCAAGACCAGAAAUUGAAUCACUUGCCAGUUGUCUUUGGGUCAGGAUUUAAGUCAAACAUAUCGCAUUUCAUCUGGUUAGCAUCUGUUUGAGCAGAGGACGGACCCGUGAUUAUCUAAAUAUUCAAGCCAUUACAGUGGUGGCCCCAGUUUAUGCUUUUCAUGCACCAACGUUGAAUUCAAGUCCCAGAGCUGAGCAUCAUUUUUAUGGAAAACUAAAAUAAAAUCCCCAGCAGUCUUUGAAAAACUUACAAGGGUGUUAAACAUCGCUAAACAUCUAGAUGAAAAAAUAUUUGGUCUAAAAUGGAUUUUUAAUUUUGAUUUUAGAUUUUUUUUCCUGUUUCCUGUUUUGUUUUCCUAAUCAGAACAAACACAGUAGCUGGAAAUGACAAUGCUCUGUUCAAUUUGUACAGAUGAAUCUUUCUUUCCAAUGUUUAACAUAUUCAUAUAAAACAAGGACAUGAGUCACUUCUGGCUACAUGGAUCAGGAAAUACAGUUGCAACAGAUUAUUAUAAAUUAUUAUUAUUAUUUUAAUCAUUCAGAUUGUUCGGGACAGAUACUCAUGGUGUCCAGAGAAUGAAGCCUGCUGAAUCUUCUUUUAGUGUUGCCAAGAGGUUGACUUUUUGAAUGAGAUGAAGAAUUGGGGGGAAAAAAAAAACUGGACUUGGAGUCUUGUUCAGACGUCACCAGGUUUAUUUUAUUUUAUUUAUUUUUUUCAGUGUGAAAUGUAACAUUAAUGCACGAGAAGCUUAAACCGGGGCUGCAGCAGUUACCAUUUUAACUCAGAAUUUUCCAUUGGGAAAAAAACCCCUUGAUUAUGAAAAGAUAGGCAGCUGCUGCUGCUAAACCCUCCCUUCAUAUACAUUUAUAGACCAUAGACUUGUAUUUAACCUGAGGAUGCUGUCAGCCCUCUGCUCGCCAUCCACCCACCAGCUGCAGCUCGUAGACACUUUAAAAUCUGCCUUAGGUAUCGAGGUUUGAAAGGACAGAGUUACAGGCUUUUCAGGUGUGACAGAGUAUUUAUUUUUCUUGCAAGAAUGUUACGUUUGCUACCAAAGGUUAAAAGGAUUAAAGGUCGAUGGUUUGUCACAUGCUGAAACAACGGCAGCGUCUCAUCUAACACAGCACCUUCUCCUUCUCCAUGUAGAUAACAGGCAAGUUUUUGUAUCAGAAAUCCUGGUGUAUAGAUAGGAUAUAUUUUUAGACUUUCAUAUUUGGAAAUUGAAAUAUUUUCAAGGUGUGAGAGAAGAGAACAUGUUGAACCUGUUACUAUGAGAGGACAAAACAAGCAGCCCCCCCAGUCCUUCCCAGUCAUCUUGGCAUUUAGAGGUCAAAUCUUGAUCAUUGACGUCUUUGGUUUUGUAGUGCUGCUCUGCCCUCUCCCUCCAAGGCAGUGUUUAUUUGAAGUUCUCAGUGAAACCCCCCCCCCUCCUGAUGGCAAACCCAUUAUUUCCGAAAAUGUUUUAAGUCUAUUUUUAUGUAUUUGUUUUUUUUGGUCCUCUCCUCUCCAGUACAAUACACAAGAUGUUCAUGUAGGUGUAAUCUGAGACUAUUUCUGGCCUCUGUGUACCAGCACACUGCACUGGUAUGUUCUUUGUUUUGUCCUCUUUGUAUUGAACAACAUCAGACGAGGCCUGUCCUCAUCAUGUGAGUGUGUGUGUGUGUGUCUUCUCUCUAGGAGAGGAGACAGGUAUUAUUGCAGUUUAGCCAUUUCAGUAUUUAUUUACAAUGAUUGAGCCUUUGCAAUUCAGAAUGUAUCUUUGUACAUUGAAAAGGAAUAUAUAUAUAUACACACACACACACACACACACACACACACACAUAUAUAUAUAUAUAUAUACAUAUAUAUA